AUCCGCUGGGCAGGAUCCGCCGCGCCGGCUGCGGCCGGCCGGGCUGGAAGACCCGCGCAGGGGAGAAGGUGAGGGGACCGGGCGGGCAGCUCUGCACAGGCCGGGAAAUGAACUCUUGGAAAUCUGGCCGGGAGCGGACCCAUGACCGAAGGACCAAAAGAGCCUCGUGAUCGCUGGACCUGGCCCUGCGACCCCAGCCAUGGGCCAGACCUCGGUCUCCACGCUGUCCCCGCAGCCCGGCAGCGUUGACGGACUGGACAAAGCUUCUAUAGCAAACUCAGAUGGCCCCACAGCAGGUUCCCAAACACCUCCCUUCAAGAGAAAGGGGAAACUGUCCACCAUUGGUAAAAUCUUUAAACCUUGGAAAUGGAGGAAAAAGAAGACAAGUGACAAAUUUAGAGAAACCUCAGCAGUAUUAGAAAGGAAGAUAUCCACAAGACAAAGUAGAGAGGAGCUGAUAAGAAGGGGAGUUCUUAAGGAAUUGCCUGAUCAAGAUGGAGAUGUAACAGUUAACUUUGAAAAUUCAAACGGGCACAUGAUACCCAUCGGAGAGGAAUCUACCCGAGAGGAAAAUAUAGUAAAGUCUGAAGAAGGUAAUGGCUCUGUUUCUGAAAAAACACCACCUCUGGAGGAAAAGGCAGAAGAUAAGAAAGAGAACACUGAAAAACACUCUGAAACACCGGCAGCUCCUGCUCUACCUCCUUCAGCUCCUCCUAAGCCUAAACCCAAACCUAAACCCAAAAAAACACCUGUGCCUCCAAAAGGGGCCACGACUGGGGCCAGCCACAAAGGUGACGAAGUGCCUCCAAUUAAAAAAAAUACCAAGGCUCCUGGUAAGCAGGCCCCCAUCCCUCCACCCAAGCCAACAAGCCGAAACACAACCCGAGAGGCUGCUGGUUCUUCUCAUUCAAAAAAACCAAGUGGCUCCAAAGCAUCAGCUUCACCAUCUACUUCAUCCACCUCCUCUCGUCCCAGAGCUUCAAAGGAGACAGUUUCUAGCAAAACAGGGACAGUGGGGACUACAAAGGGCAAGAAAAAAACUGGCAAGCAGCCAACGACUUCUCGCCUGUCCUCAGACACAACCGCUUGUGGCGCAUCCGACCUUACGGGAGAGCCUUCGGAGAGCGGAGUGGAGGGUCUCGCACCCGAGCAGACUGUCUCUGGGGCUGAGGAGCAGACCACAGGCAAAUCCAAGUCUGUGGUCCCUCCGCCCCCUGUGGCUCCACCGCCUUCUCCCCCCGCCUCUCCUCUCCCUCUCGAGGAUCAGUGCAUUGUCGCCCCGGACACUCCACUUGUCCUGGUCAGCGUUGGAGCUGACCUGCCCGUCUCUGCCUUAGACCCAAGUCAGCUUCUUUGGGCUGAAGAGCCGAUGAACAGAACCACUCUCCACUCAGGCACUGGCUUAAGUGAUAGCAGAGAAAGUGCAAAAUGUUUCACGACCAAAGACGAGCUGGCACCUCAGCUACUGACUCCUGGGCUGAUGGGAGAGUCUUCAGAGUCCUUCAGUGCCAUGGAGGACGAAGGCCAGAGGGAGUACCCGGCCAGUGACUCCGACUCCGAUGGGCCUAUCUUGUACACCGAUGAGGAUGAGGAUGAGGACGAGGAUGAGGAUGGCAGCGGAGAAAGUGCUCUGGCAAGUAAGAUACGACGGAGGGAUACUCUGGCGAUCAAACUCGGCAACAGACCAUCUAAGAAAGAAUUAGAGGACAAAAACAUCUUGCAGCGGACCUCUGAAGAAGAGAGACAGGAAAUCCGACAACAAAUCGGAACCAAGUUAGUCAGGAGGCUUAGCCAGAGGCCCACAACCGAAGAAUUAGAGCAAAGAAAUAUCCUAAAACAAAAGAAUGAAGAAGAGGAACAAGAAGCAAAAAUGGAACUUAAACGCAGACUCAGCAGAAAGCUCAGCCUGAGACCCACAGUGGCAGAGCUACAAGCUCGAAGGAUUCUGCGGUUUAACGAGUAUGUAGAAGUCACCGAUUCUCCCGACUAUGACCGCCGGGCAGACAAGCCCUGGGCCAGGUUAACACCUGCAGACAAGGCAGCCAUAAGGAAAGAACUAAAUGAAUUUAAAAGCACAGAAAUGGAAGUUCAUGAAGAGAGUCGACAGUUUACAAGGUUUCAUCGUCCAUAAUGAAGUAUGAGACUAUUUGGAAACAUAGACUGAUCAUCUUUGGGGGAAGCCCUGCUUCCAGAAAACCUGAUAUUGCACUGGGAUUUGAAUGUGUGUGUUUCCCUUUAACUUGUGAUGAGGGAAGUGUGUGACUCGGCUUUGUUGGAAACGCCCCUCACCUGUGCAGCCCACAUGGGGCCAAGAAGCAAGGGGAGGAGGCAGUGAUCCUGGCUGCCCAGAAUGUGCAUCGACGGUAAGGGACACCGUGGUUACAUCAGUUAUUCCUCGUCAGGAGUUUUAAUCAAAGAAGAUGAGCAGAAGACAAUCGCUGGCUCCCUAUUACCAGAAAGCCAAAUUUUGUAGUGCGGGUUCAAGAAAAAGAUUGGAAUUGCUGGGCACGGGAAAGGGGUGGGAGUUAAAAACCAGAAAGAAAGAGGACUAUUUCAUUAUGUUAAUGAAGAAAAGAGAAAAUUGACGCAUAAAUGUAUUUUUGAAGUAGACAUUUGGUAGCUGAGAGCUUAUUAAGGGACUUAGGAAUCUAAUUAUCAACGUGGAUUCUUUAAAGACUUGAUCCUAGAAGAAUAUUCUUGUUUCACCACUUUGUCGGUACAGUGCAGUACCAUUGCUUUAUGUUGUGCCAGUGAAUCCAAUUGCCAGAAAUGUCUGAAUGUUUUCAUGCAUCUUUUUCUUAAAUGCAAGAGGCUUCUAUUGACUCUUAACAAGCAUGCUUACCCAAAUUUUGUUGCAUGCUUUAAAUAGCAUAGCUAUACACACUUGACCUUUUUUUAUACUCCUUUCCUAGUGCACCAACCUUCCACAAGGAUAACAGGACUGGUAAUAAAGUCAGAUGUAAUGUGACCCUAUAAAACUGUAGCAAGCUUCAGAAGUAAAUCUUUUGAUCUUUUCCUAUCUUGAUUAUCUCCAAUAUCAAUGCACCCAUACUUGAUCUAAAGAAGAUAGAAUUGACAAUCAUGACACCUUUUUAAAAAACCUGAAUCCGAAGUUAAAACUUAAGCAACAUUCAGGUGUGCUGCCUGCAGUUAGUUCUGAGUGGGAAUGCAGAAGACCAGUUAUUUUUCAGUGCUGCAUUAAAAAAAGUUGGGUUGCUGCUAUU